GUGGCCAUUGCCUUCCCGCCAUUCUGCAAUCACAGGCAAUGGUGAAGACAAGAACAAACCCGGACUCUGCUGAAGCUCCAGCCCCAAAUGCAUCACCCAAAUCGGUACUGAAGCAUGUAAACCCGAUAACCCAAACCCGCAACACCUCGAUCGUCUCUUCCUCACUCUUCAAAUCUGUAAGUGUAUUUGUUUGUUUGUUUGUUUUUUUGGGCUUAAAAAAAUUGUUGUACAGGUUUUAUUGCAUGAUUGGUGGUUGAGGAAGCCUGCUAAUGGCAAAGGUUUAGCUGUUGGAGGGUUUGCUUCUUCAGAGAGAGUAGGAACAAGAGUUUUUUGCUCUGCUGCAAUUUCCAAGAGACAUGAUGCCAUCACCCUUGAGACAGCAGAUGGCGUCAACAUUACAAUCAGUAAUUGUAUAAAUAUGUCUCAAACGCAUCAAAAUUGCUUUGCUUCGGAGGUAUGUAAUUCCUUGUUGUUACAUUACUGGCUGCAUGAUAUGACUUUCGUCUUGGGUAUAACUGCUGGUUGAAAAUUGAGCAUGACUCAAGUGAGAUGAAGACCUACUUGGACUAGUAUUAUAGGCUGGUAUGAAAGGUUUAAUAUUAAGUAAAAAUGGAACCAUGCUAUUAAGAGUCAGAUAGUAAUUUUUUUUUUUCCCUUGUGGCUAUAUCUGUAUUAUUAUUUAUGUCUAUAAAUGUUCUUGUUAACAUGUUCUUUUAACAUAAUUUCAAAUUCUAAAUUCUGAUGUGAAAGGUAUGCAAUCAUUUCCAGUGCGGAUUUCCUUAUAACUGGAAGGAGUACGCUGUUGGUUGUUCUGGUGACAAACAUAGAGUUUUGGCUUGUAAUGAGUUCAACAUGUCUUCAGGUGAGUGCAAAUAAAAUGUUGCCAUUUUCUUUAAAUGAUCUCCCAGUGACUAGGAUACGUGAUCUCUUACUGCCCUCCUUUGGAGACCCAGAAAAUUGUUUGCUAACAAAGAGCAUUUUUAAUGAUGUACUUGGAAAAUUUAAGGGAAAUAGUCCAAUGAAAAAUGUGGAUUCCGGGUCAGAUGAGACACCAGUUAAUCAAAUGGAUACUAAGGUUGAUUAUAAGUUCGACAAUGAUAAUACUAUAUUGAAUUCAAGGGAUUUGACAAAAGAAGAACAUCAGAAAGCCAGUUGUCAUUCUGAGAUGGGCACAAAUGUCCUCGCCCCAACUAGAGUUGCUUGUAAAAGAAGCCCAACUAGAUUGAAGAAUUCUGGAAUGAAACAUGAAGUUGUUUCAUCAAACUCUCAUGGUAAGAGUACAUAUAGUGAUAGGGCCAUUUCAUCAGAUGCCACUAGGAAUGGGAUUGGAGGGAGGGUGACAAAAAGUGCUUCAAAUCCAACCAACUCAUUUGGAGAGGAUGAUGUAACCUUGGUAACUGCUGAUAAGCCUAAAGUCAGACGAAGACAAAGAAAGAGUCUGAGGUAUCUGAACAAAUGAUCUGCAAGGCAAAUUCUUAACCAGUAACUGAGAGCUAUUAGUUGAAUUACUUUGCAAAGAAUGCUACACAUGUAUAAGAGAAUCACACCUACAUAUCAGUUACUAAUAUGAUGUUACAGUUAAGAUAUUAUAUUAUGUUUUAUUUGACUGCUGAGUUUUGUGCAGAAAAUACUGCAAGCGGCUUAUUUUUAUUGUCUUUUCAUCAGUUGUAGGAUGGCAAAGA